AUGAAGGUCAACCCUCUUCCGCUCGACAAAGAAAAGGACAAAGAAGUUUUACAAAGUGAAACAACCUUAGUUGUCACUGCAGAACAAAACGACUACCCUGAAAAAUCCCCUCAAACAAAAGUAUUUGACAUUACGGAUCUCAUAUUUGACAGAUUUGAUUCAUUUUCGGGUGUCGCCCUAGCCAAACACCCAGAAGACUAA